AGCCCGCUUGCCUUAGAACGGAACGGCGUCUACAACUUAAGACAGCGGUGUAACGGAUUCGGAGGGACAGUCGAAACUUCAUCUACUGCGUGAACUAUGUUUCUUUUAAAUCAUUUUUCCUGUGUAUUUCACUAAAUCACUUCUGGUGGAUGUCCUUAAAAGCUGGCACCGUUCAAGUAACCUUAGUGCACCGUGUAGCUUGACGCUUUUUUUCAUUUUUUUUAAACCUGACAAGUUAGCCGUUUGUACGACUGAAUUCCUCUCUCUAAACGGGAUGAGCGGGAGAUGCUCGGGUUUCUCCUUCUUCUGCAGUGCACGGAAAGACGACCACGGUGAACCUCGUUAACCGGGUAAUACUGGAUAAAUGACUGAGCAAAGUGUGUUUGACUCCAGCGGACUAAGCCAGCGGCUGCAUGGGAAAUGAACGUGGCCGGCAAACAUCAACCCGAUCUGUUAGAGCGACCUGCUAGCCUUUUAGUACCAACAUGGACAAAAACUGGACUGGCCCUGCUGUAUGACGAAGACACCAAUAAUACCUAUGAUAUCCGUUUGAAGUUAACAAAAGAAAUGUUGACCAUACAGAAACAAGAUGUGGUCUGCAUAGGCGGUGGUGCACAUCACUUAAACCACAGAACUGUUGUACUCCGAAGACAGGCAACUGGAGGCCUUGGUCUGAGUAUCAAAGGAGGAGCUGAGCAUAAAGUGCCUGUGGUCAUUUCGAAGAUUUUCAAAGAUCAAGUAGCGGAUCAGACAGGAAUGCUGUUUAUCGGCGAUGCCGUGUUACAGGUCAAUGGCAUUAAUGUGGAGAAGUGCACACACGAAGAAGUUGUUCAUCUCUUACGAACUGCUGGAGAUGAAGUUACCAUCACUGUGAGGUACCUCAGGGAGGCACCAGCCUUUUUAAAGCUCCCAUUAGGCUCUCCAGGACCAUCCAGUGAUCAAAGUAGCAGAGCAUCUUCUCCUCUUUUUGACAGUGGUUUACAUUUAAAUGGGAACUCAAGCAACACAGCUCCGUCUUCGCCCUCCUCACCCUCGGCUAAUGAACCAAAGUACGAGAAGCGCUGGCUGGAUGCCGUCUCCCUCCCCCUGUCCAUGGCCCGAGUCUCUAGACACAAAGCUGGAAGCGAUAAAUUAAGGUCAAAUAGUUUUGAAGUAUUUGCCUUAGAUGGAGUAUGCACCAAUGUUCUACAGUUUUGCACUGCAGCCGAAAGCACAGAUUGGCUUCAAGCAAUAUCAACCAAUAUCAAUGAUCUGACCCAGGAGAGUAUAAAAACAGCAAACAAAUUCUAUUCUCCUGAUGAGCAGAUCAUCCAUAUGGGUUGGGUCUGUGAGCACCUUCACGGGAGUGAUGCCAACCAGAUUCAAAACUACAAGUUUCUGGCAUUGAAAGGAUCCUCUCUCUUCAUUCUCAGGGGCCCUCCUGCUAGCGCGUCAGACUGGGCUCAAGCCGAGGCCACAUUUAACCUCUGUGAGGUUCUCUUUAAGGUUCAUAAGCUGUGGAUAGCGGAGGACUGCUGGAUUCAGAUGAAGCUGUACCCAGGCCUGCAGCAGGACUGUGAGUUGCGGGACAAUGAGCCUUUCUGCUUCAGUGUACUGGUGGGUCACGGGCAUAGCCACUGCUUUAGUGUGGAGUUGGGCACAGAGCUGGCGCUCUGGGAGAAGGCCUUCCAGAGAGCCGUAUUCAUGGAGGUGCAGAGAGUAGGGUCAAAAACCUACAUGUGCAGUAGCCAAGGGAAGAUACUGUGCUUUACAAUUGACUUUGAAUCCGGCUUCUCUUGUUCAGAGAGCAUUUCAAAGAAAGUCAUUUGGAGAUAUAAAUUCUCUCAGCUAAAGGGUUCCUCUGAUGAUGGAAAGACAAGAGUGAAACUCUUAUUCAAGAACUCGGAAAGCAAACAGAUAGAAAUGAAGGAGCUGGAGUUUGCUAACCUGACGGCUGUUCUUCACUGUAUCCACUCCUUCAUCGCUGCCAAAGUGGCCUCAGUGGACCCGCUCUUUGUCAACAAUCAAACCAUCACACGAAAGUACAUGUACAACAGCUAGGAGUACAAGUGUUGUCAAGAACACGUACCAUCUCGUCUGUGGAUUCAGUCUGCUAUUUUAUGCACAAUAUCUAUGAAUAUAUCUAGUUCUUGUUAUUUUUAUAUGACUCUUAUAAACCAAGAACGAUGUAAAAAAAACAUGAAAAAAAACUUUUGGACUAGAUGAUAUUUUGACAUGCAUUGAUUAACGGUUUGGUACUCAACUUCAAUAUGUUCAUUGAUCUGCUUCAAAUCAGUUUAUGUUGAUCAUGUAGCAAAGCAAAUGUUCACAUGUGGUAUAUGGCAUUAUGAGUUUGUUAAUGCAUGCAUUGCAUUUAACAAUUUACAGACUAAAACGGGUGAACCUGGGAAGAACUUAAAGUUAUAUAUGAACUCAAUUUGUAUUUAACUUCUGUCUCUGUCUCUUUCUUUAAGGGUAUCAACUAAUGGGUUUCACUGAAACUGUAUACAGGUGCAACUCUUGAAAAAGAUUUUUCACAAUUAUGAACUCCAUCUUACUUCAAAUAUUAUUUUGAAGUAAUACUGAUGUAUAUUAAAAUUUGCAGACAUCAAAAAUCAACUGAAACAAGGCCUCAACUUAAACAUUUUUUAUUCUUUCGGCAUGAUCUCAAAACUAUUAAAUUUUGUAAUCAAUGUCCAUAGUUUUUAUUUUCUUUUAAAUCUGAAAUACCUUAAUUAUAACCACAUCACACAGAUUUGUAGUGUAGCUGUAAGAUAAUUGUUUAAUUGAACAGUAAUUAGAUCAUGUAGGGUAGCCAACAGCUGUCCUAAGAAAUUUUCUUCUUUUUUCUAAUCUGUGAUAAAACUGAAGGCCCCUCAUUUGCAGCUCUGUUCUGUAUGGUGUUAUCCACUACCUUUCCAAAUAAAGGAACAGUUAAUGAACUGUUGACAAA